AUGGACACGUAUAAUUUCGACGAGGACCUCAUCGAGAAGCCGCGAAGGGAUCCCACCCCCGAACCCGCAGACGACCGCGAGGUUAUAGAGUGCCUCUGGUGGACGCGGAGCGACUGGGAGAAACACUUGGAAGGCAAAGAGGCCCUUGCCGGAGACGCGGAUUCGCUACGGGACGAAUCGGUCAGCGUCGCUCCAUCAACAGAGCCCGAUACGCUUUCGGUCUGCCCGAGCGAUCUUGACGGUCGUUCGGAUAGACUCUCAGCGUUUGGCGACACAGAUGCGCCAGAGCUGGAGGACGAACCGGAGCCGGUCGGAGUCGAAGGGGACCUGGAGUCCGAGUUUGAGGAUGACGAGGAUAGACCUAUUCAACUGCUGGCUCAUGAGAGCGAUGCAGGUGAGCACAAGAGGUCGAAAGCGUCCCCUGAAUCGGAACGCGCGUCGACCUCUGGGACAGAGGGUGCAACCUCCCAAGGCUCAGUCUCCGUCGGUGGGAUCCUUCCUGCCGACGGAGUCAAACUUCACAACCAUAGUCACGGCUCCGCCAGUUUGGCAAGCCGUGACAAAGUCAUCAAGAGCGGCUCCGCCGCCAAGGGUAAAAAGGUCAUCCGACCUCGCCAUCCAGGCAAAAAGGUCGCCCAACCUCGCAAGCCCUCCCGAAAGGCCUCCAAGGCCACCAAAGAUGGAGUAGAGGAGAAGCAUUUUGAGAAAGACUCGAUGGGAUACGCGGAUCCCAUCGAGGUCCUUGAGCACCUCAAGAGGGCUCAAAAGCAUUUCAGGACGUCCACCUUCAAGGUCGUUUUCCCCGUCGACCAAGGAUUUACAGUCGACGCAAAAGGGAGGCGCCGAUGCGGAAUCCGGGGGGCGAUUGCAGCCUCGGGCGUCGUGCGAUGGGUCCACACGGAGUGCGAACCGUGUGGAAUUGAGGUCGCAACGGGGGAUUCGUACAGGCGCCAUGUGAUAGAGGCGCACUUUGGGAUCUCUCGAGGGCGCAAAAAGGACCAACCAGAUCGCAUUCAGAAGCGAAUCAGGGAGCACUACGACGCGGAGAGGACGGGGAGGAAGCGAAAGGCGGAGGAGGACGAUGGCGACGAGUACGAAGAUGGCGUGGAGCGCACCAGAAAAAGAGUCCGGAAGCAAGCCUCUAGCUUGGAAUGA